UUCUUAAAAAUGUUCUCACAGAUGUACAAACAACAUUGAUUUUUGGCUCAGCUUUGGCCUGCAGCAGGUCCCUUUUUCACAGUCUGACACUGGCCCUUUUCAAAUAGGGUGCAGCUUCUGGGCUUCUCAAUGAGGCCACCUGUGCGGACCCCUGCUACCAAACCGUUGCAAUGUAAAUUCAAUGCAUCUGCAGAGUGCAGGCUAGAGUUUGCUUUCCCUUGGAAGGGCAUCCAGUACACCUGCAAUGGACAAUGCCAGGGGUGCAAACACAGCCCUGCCAUUUGCCAUGCAGUAAUGCAGAUUACUGUGGAACAAGGGCAAGCUCCUGAGCACCUGCAGUGCAUUGAUGGCUUCCUCACAUGGGACAGCAAAGCAGAGGAAGUCUUUGAGAAAGGGAAGAAAAUCAUCCAAAUUCUCCUGAAAGCUGGUUUUUCCACUGGCCUGAGUAAGGUCAAGGGACCUGCCCAGGGAAUGUUGAACGUGGGAGUAAAAUGGCAGGAUGCCACAUCCCAAUGAAAAAGGUCAAUGAGGUAACAACUGUGUGCCCACCAGCUAAAAACCAGCAAAACAAGUUGUCAUAUUCUGGACAAGUGGGGUUGUAAGCAAUAAAUAACCCUUGGAAGAGAUGAAAGUGGGUGUCCAAAAGGGUGUGGUGGAGGCUCUUAGUCCUGUGCAUACAGGCCCAGCUGUGCCGCUAGUGCUUCACACUGCAGGUGGGGAAAAUGGCCUGGCCAGGAGCCUUCGGCAGGAAAGAGCAGGAGAAAGUUGAGGUCAUCCUCCGGCCUUCUGGAGCCAGGCUAUUAAGGAUCAGAAGCCCACGAUGCUCCAAGUGUAAACAGAAGAGUGCCAGGGAGUCAUGCCCAAAGGAAAAUGGUGGGCCAUGGGCCCAGAAACAAAGCAUUCCUUGGGUCUAGCACAUCCCAGGUCACGCAACAACCUCUGGAAAGAUUGAGCCCUACCAUGGAGUGUUAAAGGCUGGAAUGAGGACAUUGGGUGCAGAGGCAUGGGAGCACUUGGCUGGACAUUUUUGAGAAGCCACUUGGCCGCUUAACAGAAGAGCAUCUGGCAAGUGGCCUGGUGCUACCCAAAGAAAGGCCCUACCUCCUGUGGGAUGAAAGUCCCUGCAGUGCCCAUUAAUGGUGGGCAAUGAACUGCAUUAAUCUGCCUUAUGCAGAGUCUCUUUUGCCUGUUCUGGUCACUGGUGAGUGAUCUCCCUGCCCUUAUCUCAGUGCACAAGUCUUCUUCAACUAGAGUUUCUCGCCUAUUCCUUUGAGGAAGGGAAUUGAGAGAGCAGCGUGGGAGAGCUCAGGUGCCUUCAGGGUGAAGCCUCUGCCUUUCCUGGUUGUUGUGUGGUCGCAUGGGGGUCAAAGUGUGGGUGCAGAUGGCUCCCACAGUGCUGCACUGGCAGCAGUAUGGCAACAGCUGAGACUCCCUGAGAGUUCUUCAUAAGCUGAUUCACCAACAGGAUGAAGGAGAAAUCUGCCCACAGCCUUGGCAACUUCCCCAGAGCACUGAAGUCACUUUGGCCUUUGUGCCGUCAUCAUUUGUGCAGACAUUGAAGAAAAGCAGAGUGAUAUGGUCAGAAGAGAGCAAAGCCAAGUGGGGACAAGAGGCAGGAGGGCUUUGCAGGAAGGAUGCUGCCCUUGAGAUACUUGUUAAAACUGUGGUGUGUGAGAGGACAGAAAUAACAGUUGGGGCUCAACAAAAGCAGCGGACGUAGCAGGUUUUAGGCAAGGCCCCCAGUGAUGAGAGAGAUGCUUAGUGUGGGCCAGGCUCACGUGGACAAAGAAUGCCCACACAAAAGGUCCCAGCUGCACCGCAAGCUUCUGUCCCACUGUCCCCAGCUCAGAGUGAAGCAGAAACUCGAAGCAGACGGUGCUCCCCAAAAGCAGUGCCCCAAAAGAUGCUGGGGCAGGCGCCAUGGGCAAGGCUGUCUCCUUCUGUCCCUGCCGUCCUGCUGCUGGCACUCUGUGGCAGCAUGACCUCCCAGGACAUCUGCAGCUCCUCAGGGGAUCUCCUGGCUCCUGCUCUCCAAAUGAACUCAAGUUCUGCUCAGCCAGGUACCACAGUUUUGCUCCAGUGUAUUCUCCCUGUGGUGUCAUCCGUAAUAAGAAUCAUCAUCUGCAAGGAUGGCAAGCAGCUGUACAGCGAGAAAGCCCAUCAAGAGCAGCUGAGCUACUCUGUGGUCUUGAACAUCACGUCAAGAAGCGCAGGAAGAUAUACAUGUGGGUACCAGCAGAGGAAUGAGAUGAAACAGAGGAGGAGCUCUGCCCUCAGUGCUGGCCGCAUCCUGAAUGUCCCAGGCAAUGUGGCGAGUUCCCCAGCAAGUCCAUCACCCCCAGCUCCCCAUGCCCGGAUCCUACACACCCUCCCCAUAGGCAUGGUGGUAGCAGUGGCAGCCGUCGGCCUCAUCCUCCUGGCUGCAGGCAGCUGGUUUGCCAUCAGGAAAGGUGCCUGCAGAGGGAGAUGCCCAAGGCAACAGCACGUUGACAGCCCACAGAUGGAAACAACUGACUCUGGAGAAGUCACAUACUCCACCAUCGUCCACGUUCGAUGGGACAGGGUGAGUUGUGGCACAGCUGUGCACAGCUCCUUUCUGCAGUUCUGCAGCCUGGUGCACGCUCAUUGUGCAGGGCUCACAGUCAGCAGCUGAAGUAACAGGGCUUUCUUUUCCCACUAAAGCCUUGUCCCAUGCAGCAGAUGAGCGACACCACGACGUAUGCCACGGUGACCACCACGCAGACCCGAUAGGGCUGCCACAGGGCAAGGGCACAGGGGCCUUGCCCACAGCUGCCUUUACUCUUUUGUAGCGGGCUCUUGCAACCAUAACGUGGGGCUGGAGGGUGCACUUUGGGCUUCUUUGGGGUUUCUGUCACAGGAAAGGGCUGUAUGUGUGUAGCCAAGAGGUUGAAGGACUCAUAUCUCUGUUUGCAAUAAAUUAAUACCUCUAAAAUAUAUCAGGUGUACCAAGUAAUAUUGUGAGUGUAGCAAUGGUUUUUCCUCAUAUUAAAUCAUCUCCCUGUGCUCACUGGAAAUUAUGUAUUCCUAAACUGCAUUAUAAAGUCACAGGGCUGGUCUUCCAUGCACCCACACAUUUGGACCUGUAGGGACCGGUAUCGCUGCAGGGAUGUGCUCGCAUGUGUCUGCCAAUUGGUGUGUGCGCUGCAGAUGUGGUUUUGUUUAGAAGAAAAAUAAACAUCUCUGGACAUCCAUAAAUCCACAG